AGGAGGGCACGGCGGCACGGUGGCACGGCGGGGGGAGGGCGCAACUUUUGGACUGGUGGUAAAACUUUAAUUACCUUUAAAGAAAAAAAAAAAAGGCCCAGUGGCUCCCCCCCCCCCGUUCUGGUCGAAGCACGGCCCACGGCGCGAGCGUGAGAGAAAGUUUAAAAGCGGGCGGUUUUCUCCCCGCGGUCCCCGCGGAGGGGUGGGGGCGUCUGUUCGUCCGUCCGCGCUCGGUGAGAGGUGGGGGUGACGAGCCGCUCUCCGGGUCGCGAAGACCGUGGCUGUACCCCACCCUUCCACGGGCAGACGAAGACCCUUAGGAGAAAUCUUGGGCAGUGGAUAGCAAUUGUGAAGACCACCAGUUUUGCCUUUUUUUUGACUGCUGCAAGGUUAAAAAAAAAAAAAAUCAUGACUGAAUCUGCCUCUAGCACAAGUGGCCAAGAGUUUGAUGUGUUCAGUGUUAUGGACUGGAAAGAUGGAGUAGGCACAUUGCCAGGAAGUGACUUAAAGUUUCGGGUAAAUGAGUUUGGAGCCCUGGAAGUUAUUACAGAUGAGAGUGAGAUGGAGAAUGUUAGGAAAGCAACUGCGACCACCACUUGGAUGGUACCCACUGCUCAAGAAGCCCCGACCUCUCCCCCGAGCUCCAGGCCCGUAUUUCCACCUGCCUACUGGACAUCUCCACCUGGAUGUCCCACAGUCUUUUCAGAGAAGACUGGGAUGCCUUUCAGGUUGAAGGAUCCAGUGAAAGUGGAAGGGCUUCAAUUCUGUGAGAACUGUUGUCAGUAUGGCAAUGUAGAUGAGUGUCUUUCUGGAGGAAACUAUUGCAGCCAGAACUGUGCUCGCCAUAUCAAAGACAAAGAUCAGAAGGAAGAAAGGGACACAGGGGAAGACAACGAGGAGGAAGAUCCCAAGUGUAGUCGGAAGAAAAAGCCAAAAUUAUCUGUGAAAGCUGACCUCAAGGAGGAUGGAGAAGAGAGGGAUGACGAAAUGGAGAAUAAACAAGAUGGAAGAAUCCUGAGAGGUUCACAGAGAGCCCGAAGGAAAAGACGAGGAGAUUCCACUGUAUUAAAGCAGGGUUUGCCUCCCAAAGGAAAGAAAGCAUGGUGCUGGGCAUCCUACCUGGAGGAGGAGAAGGCUGUGGCGGUGCCGGUGAAGCUAUUCAAGGAGUAUCAGUCCUUUCCAUAUAACAAAAACGGAUUCAAGGUUGGCAUGAAGCUAGAAGGCGUGGACCCGGAGCACCAGUCUGUGUACUGUGUUCUCACAGUGGCUGAGGUUUGCGGAUACCGGAUAAAGCUUCACUUUGAUGGAUAUUCUGACUGCUAUGACUUCUGGGUCAAUGCAGAUGCUCUGGAUAUUCACCCAGUUGGGUGGUGUGAGAAAACUGGCCAUAAACUCCAUCCUCCCAAAGGAUAUAAAGAAGAAGAAUUUAAUUGGCAGACUUACCUUAAGACAUGCAAAGCUCAAGCUGCUCCGAAGUCAUUAUUUGAAAAUCAGAAUAUAACAGUGAUCCCAUCAGGCUUUCGAGUUGGUAUGAAGCUUGAAGCUGUAGACAAAAAGAAUCCUGCAUUCAUCUGCGUUGCCACGGUAACAGAUAUGGUGGACAAUCGUUUCCUGGUACAUUUUGACAACUGGGAUGAGAGCUAUGACUAUUGGUGUGAAGCGUCUAGUCCACACAUUCAUCCAGUUGGCUGGUGCAAAGAACACAGAAGAACCCUUAUUACUCCUCCAGGUUAUCCAAAUGUGAAGCAUUUUUCUUGGGAUAAAUACUUAGAAGAAACCAAUUCCUUACCUGCUCCUGCGAGAGCUUUCAAAGUGAAACCUCCACAUGGAUUCCAGAAAAAAAUGAAGCUUGAGAUAGUAGACAAGAGAAACCCCGUGUUCAUUCGAGUAGCCACUGUCGCAGACACUGAUGAUCACCGGAUCAAAGUUCACUUUGAUGGCUGGAGUAGCUGCUAUGAUUACUGGACAGAUGCAGAUUCUCCUGAUAUCCACCCUGUGGGCUGGUGUUCAAAAACCGGACAUCCUCUUCAGCCUCCUUUGAGCCCCUUGGAAUUAAUGGAAGCUUCAGAACAUGGUGGAUGCUCCACGCCAGGAUGUAAAGGGAUUGGCCAUUUUAAGAGGGCAAGACAUCUGGGCCCUCACAGUGCUGCCAACUGUCCCUAUUCAGAAAUCAAUUUGAAUAAAGACCGUAUUUUCCCCGACCGCUUAAGUGGUGAGAUGCCUCCAGCUAGUCCGUCAUUUCCAAAAACUAAAAGGACAGACACGAAUGAAAGCUCUUCAUCACCAGAAAUCAGGGACCAGCAUGCUGAUGAUGUCAAAGACGACUUUGAAGAGAGAACAGAAAGUGAAAUGAGGACGUCGCAAGAAGCCAGAGGUAGCCCUGAUGUGCUCAGACUGCCGACAGGUGCCCGGGAAGAACCGGCCAUGCAGCAGGCCCAGCGCAGGUCAGCCGUCUUUCUGUCCUUUAAGUCGCCAAUCCCAUGUCUGCCCCUGCGCUGGGAGCAGCAGAGCAAGCUUCUUCCCACUGUUGCUGGAAUCCCUGCCAGUAAAGUUUCCAAGUGGAGCACAGAUGAGGUGUCAGAAUUCAUACAGAGCUUACCUGGGUGUGAAGAACAUGGAAAAGUAUUUAAAGAUGAACAAAUUGACGGAGAAGCAUUUCUACUUAUGACCCAAACGGACAUUGUUAAAAUUAUGAGUAUUAAGCUGGGCCCUGCUCUCAAAAUUUUCAAUUCUAUCCUGAUGUUUAAAGCUGCAGAGAAGAAUUCUCACAAUGAACUUUGAAGAUAGUGAAUUCUGAAUUCUAUCAGCUUUCGGCUUUAAAGCUCAUGUUUUAUUCAAAGCACAAGGACGGUUGUAACUCCUACGUGAGAAUUCUCCAAAACUCAAGAAAAGAGCAACACUAUCGAAUUAUUUAUAUUCCUCGAAAGACAAUAUAUAUAUGAGUUCUUCUGAAAGUGCUUGAGCUUUUAACCAGGUACUGUCUAACAACAGGCAUCUUUUGGUUCUGUUCACUGAGAUAAAUUUAUCUUUGUAAAUCUUUUUGAGGCUGGGGGGUGGGGGGCAGAAGGGACCUCAUUAUUUAUGGAGGGUGGGGAGAGUAAGACUUUUGGCAUUUUGUAAACAUUGUUGAAUUCUCUUUCAUGUACACUGUUUCUUUUUCAAUACUUUCGGAGACCUUUUUAUAUAAUCAAUUUCAAAUUAAACCAAAUUAGUCAAAACCUGGCUAAGUUUAGCCAGUGGGACUGUUAUCUGUAUUAAUUUUGUGCCAUAUUUUGAAUUGCAACAUUAUGCUAAGUAUAACUUUGCAAGUCAUGAUAUUGCCUAACUGCUUGUCCUAAUUUGUUGAGGCUGAAUAGUUGUAAAAAUGAAUUUUGUCACUGAGCCACAGGCGCCACCUGUGGCUCAGUGAGCAGGGCGCGGGCCCCGUAUGCCGAGGGUGGUGGGUUCAGACCCAGCCCUGGCCAAACUGCAACAAAAAAAUAGCCGGGCGUUGUGGCGGGCGCCUGUAGUCCCAGCUGCUCGGGAGGCUGAGGCAAGAGAAUCGCGUAAGCCCAGGAGUUGGAGGUUGCUGUGAGUCAUGUGACGCCACAGCACUCUACCGACGGCGGUACAGUGAGACUCUGUCUCUACAAAAAAAAAAAAAAUGAAUUUUCUUUGAAUCAGUGUUUUUUACUUUUGCAUGCAUUAUGAAAUGUUAAAACAAAUUACUUUUCACCAGCAUCUUUACUAUAAUUACCAAAAACAUGUAUAUAAAAGAAUGGAAUCGAAAAAUAAAAUAUAUAAACAUAAAUAGGUAGUGUAUUUGAGUGGCAUCAGCCUCCCGCAUCAUGGUGCCCAUGUGUUUACAAGAGUCAGACAGCAUCAGAGGAAUAUGCAGUUACACUGGGGGAAUGUACAAGAGGACCUUGAACUAUUAUGUACCAGAGGACCCUGAGCUUUUCUCUACUUGUUGUUGAAGCAACUUGGGUGCUUUACAGACACCAAAGGCUCAUUCUGUUGAUAGAAACACUAAUCUGUAAAGAGCUCUGAUUCAGGUCUGAACAGUGUCCUCCAAACCCAAAGGUUUCCACCCAGCUUGACUGAAGACUGAACCUCUAGAUAUUACUGAAAAGACAAGGUGUGAAGAAACACCACCAGUUGACAAAAAAUCCUAAAUGCUCACAGAUCAGUAAGGUGAUUUCCCAAAGCAGUUAAGGAUUUAAGAACCUCCAUUUUGGAAAGGUUCCUUUCUCUGUAGAAUAUUUUGCCUCGAUAUAUAAACAUACAGAUGCACUUUAAAUGAAAACCUUGAUUAUAACUGAUAGCUGGUAGUGUUUCUUAUGUAAGAAUGCAUUUCUAAGGCAAAAGGUAAAUUAUUUUGUCAGUCUUUUGAUGUACUUUCCAUUUCCAGGAAUGGAUAUUUAUUCCAGGACUAUUUUAAAAGUAGAAAGCAAAAGUUUGUAGCAUGCUGUCUGAAUUCUGGGGAGAGUUUCGCCCCCUUCUUCGUUGCUUUCAUUCUGUCUGAUGUCAGACUUCCUUUGAUGUCCCCUGUUGGAAAUCUAACAGCAGUCUUUUGCAUUGGUCAUAAUUCAAGGUAAAACAGGGUCUGAGACAUCACAGUGUCCUAUUCAUUUCUUUGCAUGAAUCUACUCAAAUAAGUUUUUUUAUUACUGUUUUAUUCCCCCUUUUUUAUGUUUUGUUCAGAAUUUGUACAUUCAAGUUGCACUUGUUAUAUCUGAUAUGAAUGAAAUAAAAUCUUAAUUGCAGA